AUGAAGAAAAGGAUCAGUGAGGUAAUUCGGGAUACGAUUGCUGGGGAGAUGGAGAGGGAUGAUCGAGUUUUUGUGUUGGGGGAAGAGGUGGCUGUUUAUGGCGGGGCUUACCAAUGUACGGCUGGUUUGCUAGAUAAGUUUGGUUCGGGUCGAGUAAUUGAUACACCCAUAUCUGAGAUUGGAUUUUCGGGUUUGGCUGUCGGUGCGGCUUGGAAUGGAUUGAGACCUGUUUGUGAUUAUAUGUCCUUUAGCUUUGCUUUGCAGGCCUUGGACCAUAUCAUUAAUUCAGCUGCUAAGACUUUGUAUAUGUCUGGAGGUCGCAUUAAGUGUCCGAUAGUCUUUCGCGGUCCAAAUGGGUUUGCUUAUGGCGUGGGUGCCCAACAUACUCAGGACUUCUCGGGAUUCUUUGCGGCCAUUCCGGGACUGAAAGUGGUUAUGCCUUACUCGGCCCGGGAUUUUGCUGGGCUGCUAAGGAGUGCAAUAAGAGAUAACAAUCCGGUUUUGGUCUUGGAAAGUGAAGUGCUUUACAGUCGGGAAAUGGAGUGUAGUGAGGAGAUUAUGCAGCCGGACUUUGUUUUGCCAUUGAACAAAGCAAUUGUGGAGUGUAUAGGUAGUGAAGUAACCUUGGUGGGAAUGGGGAUUUCGGUUGGGUUGUGUCUUGAAGCUAAAAAGGUAUUGGAAGGACAGGGAGUGAGUGUGGAAGUCAUAAAUAUGGUGGCAAUUAAUCCUUUAGAUAUUGAUGGUGUAGUUGAGUCGGUUAAGAAGACUAAGCGAUUAUUGGUAGUUGACUGGGCCUGGCCGGAGUGCGGAGUGGCUGCUGAAAUUUCCGCAGCUACGUCAUUCCGACUCUUUGGUGAGAUGGAUAAACCGGUCUUUACCUUGUGCAGUAAGAAGAUUCCUACGCCUUAUGCUGAGGAAUUGGAACAGCUAAUGUAUCCGACGGUAGAUGAUAUUGUUCAGGCGGCGAACAUGUUAUUGGGCAAGAUGGAGUACGGGAAAAAGCGAUAA